AGAUAGGAGGAGUGCCCCUCCUCUGACCCCCUCCUGGUCUGGAAGGAUAAAUGGGGAGGGGAGAGCGGGCUGGGUCGACAGCAGCAGGGACCAGCCAAGCCCCAGGCCUCGGUCUGGAGCGAGCGGGCAUUGUGGGGGGACAGGAGGCCCCUGGGAGCAAGUGGCCCUGGCAGGUGAGCCUGAGACUCCACACCCACUACUGGAGGCACUUCUGCGGGGGCUCCCUCAUCCACCCACAGUGGGUGCUGACCGCCACACACUGCGUGGGACCGGAUGUCGAAGACCCCGCAGACAUCAGGGUGCAGCUGCGCCAGCAGCACCUCUGUCACGGAGACCAGCUGCUGCCCGCCAGCAGGGUCCUCCGCCCCGACUACUACACGGUUGAGAACGGGGCCGGCAUCGCCCUGCUGGAGCUCCAGGACCCCGUGAACAUCUGCAGCCACGUCCAGCUGGUCACUCUGCCCUCCGCCUCUGAGACCUUCCCCACAGGGAUGCUGUGCUGGGUGACAGGCUGGGGCGAUGUGGACAAUGGAGGACCCAGGAGGGUCCCCUGGGCCCUCUUCCUGGUCUGUGUCCGGCGGGAGGAUAGGAAGAAGGGGAGGGGCAGCGAGAGCCCAGCGCGAGCCUCGGAACCCGACCCUUCCCCGGACCGCCGGAGCCGGUACCCCCUCUUCCAGCCCCGCCUCUGGGGACGGCUGGCGGCGGCGGGGGGCUCUGGGGUCGGCGGGGCGGGGCCAGAGGAAGGGGGCGGACGCGCGGACGCCGAGGCCCGCGGGCUAAUGGGAGCGGCCGCCCACAGCCACAGCCACGGCCACAGCCGGGAAGUGCUGCUGCUGCCCGCGGCAGGGGUGUCUUCGCUAGAGUCUCCCCCACUGGAAAGACCAAGGGAGCUGCAGGAAGCGUGGACCUGGCUGCCGCCCCGCACAGGCUCAGAGCCAGCUGUGCCCCUGCGACCCUGGCCUUGA